AUGGCGAGGUCGCAGUCGGAGCUCGCGGCUCGUAUCGCGCGCUUUCGCAACGCCGGCGCGGACGACGGCCCCAACGACGAUGGCGUCGCCGCAGCGGACGGCACCUCGGGCGCGUUCUGGUGGCAGAAGAAGCCGAAGGACGCGGGGAAACCCGCCGCGGAGACGCCCGCGGCGGACGCCGGCGCGGCCGAUUCGCGCCCCAACUCCGAGAUUCGACCCGCGCCCGCCGCGGAGUCCCCGAAGACGCGCUCCCCGAAGACGCGCUCGCCUCGCGCGUCCAUCGGCGGUGGCGGCAGGACGUCCUCCCCGCUCGCGCGACGCCGCGAGGCGAACGACGCCGCGGAGAAGUACGCGAGCAUGAGCAUGGAGAAGGCGCUCGCCGAGCUCGAACGCAUGGCGACGUCCAACCCGACGCUGAAGAGGGCGCUUCAACACGUGCACAGGGAACCAGACGGGACGAUCACCGUCGGGUCGCUGCGCAAGGCGGAAGCGGCGCUGAGGGAGUCGUACGAUACGAGCGCGCGCGGACGGCGGCCGCAGACGGCGGGAACGAAGAAGCACGAGAGAGAGACGCUGCCGCCGCCGCCGCCGCCGCCGUGGCAACGAGAGAGCAUCGACUCGCUGCCGCCGUCGCUGACGUCGCCGACGAAGCCGACGCGGAUGAACGUGAAGGAGAGCUCGACGUCCACGGACGACGCGCCGAAGAGCUCGGAGGAGGAGCCGGUGAGGACGUCCCUCGCGCAGGAGCUGAAGACGGUUCUCGGGGAUCAGUCCCCGCUGCGGCUGUCGUUGGAGUUCCCGAAGCGUUCCCCGGGGGCGUCGCCGAUGAAGCCGUCCGCGCGCGCGCCGCCGGCGAAGCAACCGAGGCAGCCGACCGCGAGGACGCGGUCGCCGGGGAAGCCCGCGAUGAUGGCCGCCGCGGAGGCGGCUUGGGCGGACGAUCGCGGCGACGGUCGCGGAGCCGCCGACGGAGCCGCCGCCGCGCCGCCGUGGAGAGACCCGAAGACGAUCGCGAAGUACGUCUCGGAUAACAUGCCCGCGACGCGACGGUCGUUCGCGGGACUCGCGGGCGCGAAAGCCGUCGCGGACGGCGACGCCGUGAUAUUGUGGCUUCGGAAGUUUAUACCCGCGGAGAGCGCGCCGGUGGAGGAGAUCGCCGCCGUGGGCGCGGGGAUACUGACCCGCUCGCGGACGAGAGGCCUUCGCGACGUCUCCUUCCCGGAAUUUCUCGCGCUGCUCGACCUCGAAGAAGAAGCCGUGGAGGAGGCGGCGAUGAUGGCUGCGGGCGGGCAGUUCCCGAUCGCGCUCGAGGAGGUGGACGACCGCGGAGAAUUCGCGUCGACGUCGCCGCAGCGCCAGGGCGAACGCGAACGCGCGCUCGCGAAAGCCGCGGCGGACCACUACCCGUACGACGUCGCGCGCGCGCCGCCGCCGCCGCCGCCGCUCGCGACGGCGUCGCUGCACGGCGACGCGUGGGGACCGGACUCGGACUCCCCGCACGUGCACUUCACGCGCGCGCACGAGACGAGCCCGCCGCACUCGCCGUCGCGCUUCGACGAACCCACGAAGGGUAUCCUCCGGAACUCGCGCGACGGCGCGUUCGGCGUCUCCGGCGAAGGGCACAGCCGCAGGGCGGUCGCCGCCGCCGUCGCGGAGCGCGCCGCGAAGGAGAUCCACGCGGCGAGGAUGCCGAAGGCGGUGAAUACGCCGCCGCCGGUCGCCGUGCCGCCGCCGCCGAAACCUCUCCCCACGGGUGCGGGUGGGAAGAGCGAAGAGGACCGGGAGAUCGCCGCCGCCGCGAAAGCCGCCGCGGAGAAGGCGAUCGCGAACGUCCUCGAGAAAGCCGGGGCGCCCGGUCUGGACGACAUCGCGGCCGUGCGAGCGGCGAGCGAACGCGCGGACGCGAUCGCGGCGGCGGAGAACGCGCUCGCGGGCCACGCCGCGGCGCUGCAGCACGUCCACGACGUCCGACGGAGCGUCGACGGGAUGUUCCCUCGGCCGCCGUCGCCGCCGUCGCCGCCGGGGAGGUCGAGCGAAGACGACAGAGGGACGGCGUUGUCGACGUACGCGCCGUUCGAGAAUAAGAGCGCGUCGAAGCUCGAGAAGUGGACCGUGGAAGUCGCGCGGACGCGGCGGGAGUUGGAGCAGAAGCUUCUCGUGAAGGACAGCGAAAAAGCCGCGAAGCGCGCGCUCGCGGCGGAGUGGGACGCGUUCAUGACCACCGGCGAGCCCCCGAAGGAUGCGUUUCUCGUAAACCUCGCGAAGGACUACGUCGUCCGCGCGAAGGAGAUCGAGCGCCUGAGGAAGGACGUCGUCGACGUCUCGUCGAAGCUCGACGCGGCGUCGAAGAGCGACGACGCGAAGCGCAAGAUGCUCCAGGAGCUGCACGACAAGGCGGUGCAAGUCGCGAAAGCCAACGCGGAGGCGAAGGAGGCUGAACGCGUCGCGGAGGCCAUCGCCGCGUCGCUGCCGCCGAUGGCGAAGGUGCACAAGAGAGGGAGCACGAGGAGCGGCGCGCCGUAUCACUAUCACCCGCAGCAGCCGUGGAGUGGGUACCCGGGGUACGACGCGCCGCCGGCGUCGUCGUCGUCGGCCGUCGCGGGGGAGCGCGCGCCGGUGAAGCUGUCCGAGCUCGGCGCCAUCAUCGGCAAGGAUCUGGACGAGUCCGUCAGGAGAGUGCGGUGGGCGGUGGAGCACGGCGGCGAGCCCGCGGCGGAGCCGAGCGCGCGACCGACGCCGCCGCACCCAAACCCGCACCCUAACCCGCCUCACCCGAACGACCGGUGGGUCCCGCCCCCAAGCCAGCCGCCCCUGAUGUUCCCGUCGCACGACGGCUACGCGCUCGAGGCGCAGCGCGUCGCGCCGGCGGUGGCGAGGAGCGUCCAAUUGCCGCGCGCGGUGGAGGUGCCGCCGUUUACGUUCCGCGCCACGAGCGGCGGAGGGUUCGGGGGCUCGCAGCCGAUGCCGCCUCCGAGCGCGCCGAAUCCGAGCGACGCGAUGAUGACGGAGCGACAGCGCAGGCAGCUCGCCGAGCAGAUGGAGACGAUGGAGCGGCUGCGGACGCAGCAGGAGCACUACCUCCGGAUGCAACGCGCGCUGCAGGAGCGGGAGGACGAGGCGAUGGCGCGACGGAGCGAGGAGGAAGCGAGGGCGGCGGCGGCGAGGUUGUUGGCGGUGCCGACGCACUGGCAGUCCCCCACCGCGAAGGCGGCGCCGCCGGCCGCGGCGGCGCCAGCGCCCGCGGCGGUGCCUCCGCCGCCGAGGGUCGUGCCCCUCGCCCCCCGCGCGCCGCCGACGCCGCCGCCGAUCGCGCGCGCGCCGUGGGGCGCGCUCCCGCCGAUGCCGCCCCCGCCGCCGCCGCCGCCGACGUGGCACGCGGUGGAGCCGUCCUCGAGGCUCGCCCCGGCGCAGGCGACCAGGGGCGGGUUCUACGGUGCGCCGGAGGUUGACCAGACGUUGCCAAACCUCGAGUUCGGACGGCCGGGCGCGCCGACGGGGGUCACGCUCACGGGUCUCACGCCGAGGGAGUACGUCAGCGACGCGGUGGAGAAGGCGUACGCGGACACCUUGGCGCAGCAGCGCGCGGUGUUCGGGGGGGGCGAGGAGGAGAAGGACGAUCGGUAUUAG